UAAAGUGAUAUGCGUGUAAAUGUUAUUUUUACGCCUUGCUAGUAGACGUUUUAGCAUACUAUUUCCUACCUUUUGUCUGCAUAGAGGCUCCUUCUUGUUUUCCUCCGCUUUCACUUCCUGCUGCAUGACCUCUUUGGGCGUGCUGACAGCCAGCACGUCGUUGAUGGUGGAGCCCACCACCAUGAUCUUCGCACCGCUCGUGACCUUUAUCUCCCGUAGCGUCUUGUCCUCCGGAAGCAAGCCUUUGUACAUCACCUUCUGCAUGGCCGGCGGAAGACCUGCCAAGAGGAAGAUUUAGAUUCUGUAGGGAUGGCGGGUGCGAGACGGCGGAGGGGAUUCCUCACCGAUGAUCUUCAAGUCCACUGUCUCGCCUUCCUCCUCCACGUCGUCUCCGUUGCUAAUGCUAGAAGAGUCCUGAGUGGCGGCGUGUCCCGCGUCGGACGUGGACUCCGAGUCGCCCUUGUCGGCGGAGUCACCCAGAGGUGCGUCUUCUUUUGGCUUUACGUCUGUUUGCAUUAUAACUUCACUUCCUGUUAGGAAAGACAUGUCAUAUUUCACCUAAAUCAGCCGGGGUAGGCUCCAGCCUCACCCACAAACCUAAUGAGGACAGGCGCUAUAGGCAAUGAAUUAAUAUAUAAGUUUCGGCAUUUUACAUGUUUAUUGUAAUUUACUUAUGUCUCUAGCUAUAUCUCCCUUUCAUUAGCACUUACUCGUUUGUUUGCUCUAUCAUCGGUGUCAGUGCUUCGUUUAUUAGCAGCUGAAACAAAAAAGGUUGUUUUUUUUUAGCCUAAACGCAAAUAUGACACAGCAUCUAGCACUGUCGAUUUCCCUCACUGCUAACUUACUGAAUGUUACCACUCAGAAGGGUUGUCAUUUUAAGUUGACUUCACGCUAAUAAGCCCCUAACUGUCGUUUUAGCCCCCCCUUACAGCACAGAUCAAUAUUUGGACUGGUUAGCAGUAAUUGACGUUAGCUAGCCUCUAACCUAACCUGCUGGUGAGGGAAACGUGUUAACUUAAACCUUACGAGGAGUGGUGGAUUUGUUAAAGACACGGCCUUAACAGCGCCCGGUGUUGCCGCGUCUGCGUGCAGCCUGCUUUAAUUCAUCGCCAGGGACGAAAGUUGGUGUAACGGAAUGAAGGAAAUGUGUCUAAAUUCUGCUCUAUACCCACCAUCCUGGGCCGCCAUGAUGAUUGUGUACAAUCAGUAGCAACGUUCCAUCGAGCCGAAGAGCGCGACAAGAGAGCAAGAUGGUUCCGCUUCCUUCGGAAAGGUAAACGUCGCCCACAUCGGAUUAUUACGUGUUAUCAAACUGGGAGGUGAAUAACACACACCUGUACGUUAGGUCACGGCUGCAAAUACACGCCUUUAUUUAAAUGCUCGAUUGCUAGUGAAAAACGAACGUUAUGGAGAAAGUGUGUUUGCGCACAGGAAAAUUGCAACCCAAAAAGUUGUUUCUUUCGUUCCAUCUUAAGUUGUACGUCACUGUGGUGGAGUAAAUUGGAGUUUUAACUCGAAUGUUAAUAAUAUGAACUCUCCGAGCUUGCCUUAUUCCCGUCAAUAUUACAAUGGCGGAACAGAGUGGCAGGGAAUGAUCUUGUUUAGUAGAUGUUCUUUGUUUCUGUAGCAUGAAAGCCAAGCACCGAAAGGUGGCACUUUCCUUAAUUGCCAUUGGUUAGCGAGUUCUUCUUCGCAUGUGUUUAAGAGCGAGACUAUAGGUUAACGCCAUAUUGCCAACGUGUGGACUAACUGUGUUUUACACCUUGACAUUUUUUUGAAUUUGCCUUUUUCUUGGGAUGAGAAAAACAUUUGCAAAACAACUCGCUCAUCAUAUUGUUAUUAAACUGAAACAGCGUUACUUUAAAUCACAACAUAAUUAUGGCUUAUGGCUUAGUUUUGGUGCACGUUAAUCAUAUUUUAUCAUUUUAAAAACAGAUCAAAACAGUUACAGAAAUACGUUAAAAUAAAUUUACUGCCGUUACUGAAAUUCACUGGGGUUUGAAAAACAUAUAUUUUGACUUUUUAAAGUCGUUUUAAAAAUUUGAACUUGCAAUUUUAUUUUUAAAGUAUGCUUUCUUUUAAAGUUAUUUUUGCACCACAAUUCAUAAAUAUGUUGAGAAAAUGUGUGAUUAUUAAAGAACUCCUGGUUUGAAACCUAAAUCGCAUUUUCCUUUUUGGCAGUACACAAUAGACCCCUCUUAAAAAGUAACUUUUAAAGUCAAGUAGUAACAUUUUGUCAUUUUAAAUCAGCUACUUUAAGUGGCUUUUUACAUCUGUACUUUAGUUGUGCUUGACUGAAAUGUCCGCAAGGUAACUCUACUUUCAUUUGGGUACAAUAGAUAUACAUCUAAAAAAGCAUGUUGCAAAUAAUAAGUAGCUUUUAAAACAUAUAAUAGUAAAGGUGGUAUUCUUAAAACUACAGGUAUUUAUCACUAUAGAACAAGUGUGCUUUGAAGUUUGUAUGUUCCACUUUUUACCGAUAGAUGGCAGCAGCACAGCGCUACCUCAAUGAAUGGUUCCAACUAUUGCGGAAAGAAGAAGAGCAAAGGCAGGAAGUAAGCGGACCAAAAAAAAGAGGGGAAAAAAAAGUCAAAACAAAACAAAACCUAACGCAACCGGAAAUAAUAAAAGCUGGUAAUUAAAGUCACAAGUUGUCAUGCAUAGGUUGUGCGGCAGCGAGAGGAAGCGCCUCACAAUGCUGCUCUUACCGCCGUCUACUGUAUUCUCGAGAUAACUUGUACAAGUUUCUUUUUUGAAGUGGAGAAGAGUGCAAGAGUUUGUUAUGUAGCAAAGUGAGCGCCACACAAAAAAAGCAUCAUCAUGGCUGACUGGAGGACUUUCAAUGUUGUUAUUUUGGGCGUCGGAUUCUUGUUCAUCUUUACAGCCUUCACCACAUGUGGGAACGUAGAGCAAACUGUGGUGAAAAGUCUGCAGAAUGACACUUUCACAGGAAGCGGAUACCACAGUCUGGGAAUCAUCUACGGCGUCUUCUCAUUUUCUAAUCUAGUGGCGCCGGCGGUGGUGGCGAUGCUGGGGCCGAAGAUGACCAUGUUUGUGAGCGGGCUGCUUUACAGUGGCUACGUCGCCGUCUUCAUCGAGCCAUCCACGUGGGCCUUCUACUUGACGUCUGUGCUGAUUGGCGUCGGUGCGGCGAUGCUGUGGACGGCUCAAGGACUUUUCCUGGUGGAGAACUCUGAGGCUGCCACCAUCAACAGGAACACGGGGAUGUUCUGGGCUCUGUUACAGUGCAGCAUGUUGUUUGGCAAUCUGUACAUUUACCUGGACUGGAAUGGAAGAACAGAAAUACCAGACAGCAGCAGGAGGAAGAUUUUCCUGUCGCUGGUGGUGGCCUCUGUGGUGGGGACGCUGUGCUUCCUGGUGCUGAGGAGGAGUCCUCCUCAAGAGGAGAUGCUGUCGGAGGAGGAGGGACAGUCGCUUCUCUCUGCCCGCAUGGUGUCAGUGGACCUCCUCUCCAUAAUUAUGUACAAGCACAGAGCAAACAUGGCCCUGCAGGAGGUCAAGGCAGACUUCAAGACCAUGCUGCAGCUGGUGAAGACUAAGAGCAUCCUCCUCCUGAGUCCCUGCAUGGCCUACAGCGGCCUGGAGCUCUCCUUCUACAGCGGAGUGUACGGUACAUGCAUCGGAGCCACCGCGCAGUUCGGAGAGGCGGCAAAAGGCCUCAUUGGGAUCUCCGGCAUCGUGGUGGGAGUGGGUGAAAUCAUCGGCGGAGGCUUGUUUGGAUUGGUGUGCAAGAACAAUCGCUUCCGACGUACCUCGGUGGUUUUCCUGGGAAUGGUCGUUCAUUUUGUGGCCUUCUAUCUCAUCUUCCUCAACAUUCCCGAUGAUGCUCCGGUUGUGUUCAACACCGUCACACAGAAGAGCUCUUUUCUCACGCCAAGCGUGUCCAUCGCCCUGCUGUGCAGCUUCCUGCUCGGCCUGGGAGACAGCUGCUUCAACACGCAGCUCUACAGCAUCUUAGGAUGCGUCUACACGGAGCAGAGCACGCCCGCCUUCGCCAUCUUCAAAUUCAUCCAGUCUGUUUUCGCAGCAGUGGCAUUCUUCUACAGUGGCGACGUGAUGCUCAUGUGGCAGCUCCUCCUCAUGGUCAUCCUGGGCUUCAGCGGCACGCUCUGCUUCUUUGUGGCGGAGCGCGUGUACAACUUCUCUGCAGAGCCACUGGAAUGACUGGAUUUGUAUUUUUUUUUACAGAACCCGUGCAGCUUUGCCUUGUUAGCCAAUGCACUUGAACUAUGCGCUCCAAAAUGUAAUUUUUUAUCAUUAUCACUGCCACCAUUAUCACCAAGCAGGUACUUUGCAUAUUUGCUAAUGGCGUGACACCACCCACACUGUGAUCAGUGUUCAUUAACACUACUCUCGCUUUCUAACAUUUACUACCAGCCGCCAGCUUGUUUUUGGAAAUAUUUUUAAUGCAUUUCAAACUGUCACUUCCUGGCUUUUAUAGGGUUUUUUUGUUGUUUUUUUCCUGUUUGAUAAAAUAUCUCUCAGAAUAAGAGCGCUGGACAAUCUCUGUUUUGUGGUCUAGACACAUUUUUUUAUGCUGAGUCUUAACGUUUGAAAACACACAGAUCCGUGUAUAUAUAAAACCACUGCUAACUAGCCGACAUCAUUUUUGGAAAAAAAUAAUAAAGCGAAUUGUUUGUUAUAAUGCACUUCCUCCAUUCAUUUUGACGCUCCAACGUCGUGCCACAAUGAAAUUCUGCCCCCUAGUGGCUGUGAGCAGAAUAGCGGAUGACAGCACAAUAUGAUUAAAAGCUCGGUAAGUCAUCUUUAUUCAAAAUAAUUAUUUAAAAAAAUAUAUACAUGUACAUAUCUAACUUAAAAAAGCAGAGAGCUUCCGUCAAAGAUAUUUUUGUUACUGAUUACUUAGCAUUUUGUCAUGUUAAAGUUGAAAAAGCCACGAAUUUUUCUUUGUGCUUUUUUUCAGCAUUAAUGGCGGAAUGGUCAAUGCUAGCACAUAGUAACGCUAGGGUUAGCGUGUUUGAUGUUUUUGUGGCAUGUUUUUUUUCGCUAAAUAAAGCUCUUAAUUAUGUUUUAUUAUAUUUUUAAAUGAUGCAGGUGUAUCUAAUGCCACCGUCGAGUGGAGGAAAAGACUUCCAAGGACCACCAGAAGCUGACGGAGAAGCUCUGCUCCAAAGAUCGCACGUAAUGCCAAUGCUGGACUGGGAUGAAGAGCACGUCUCCGGGAUGAAGCACACACUCCUGGUACGGAGCCUUGGCGAACUCCGGGAAAAGCUCUGUGUCGGGGUCCUCCACAUCCACCUGCCACAAGGGGAAUCUGGACCAGAACUUGCAGCCUGUCGUCCAUGAUGGCCGCACCCAUGAGGAGACCCAUGUCACAGGUGCGGAUAGCCUGUAGGAGGUCCUGCUCUGAGGGCUCCUCUCGACAGAGGCCGCACACCUUGAAGAGGCAGCCGUAGGAGUACACCCUUCUCCACUCCUUGUCCACGUGGCGCCAAGUCCCCGUGUUGAGCUUCUCCCAGGAGAUGUCCAGGAUGAUCUGAGCAUUAAGCAGGCGACUGGUGGAGCUAGUGUCUGUGUAGAGCUGCUGCCUGGACCGCCUCAGCAUGUCCACAACGCUCGCCUCCACCUUGUCACUAAAGUGCAGCAGGAAGUGGUCCUCGUCGGUCGGAAGAAGAGCAGCGAUCUUUGACCACAGGACGGCCAUGGAGGAGGACUGUGGAGCAGAAAGGUAAGGUGAGCAAUGACACACCUGAUGGCACAAUGAAAGGUGCAUUAACAUAUUCUUCACAUGUGUAUCAUAAAUUUACACUGAACAAGUUAGGUUUUAAUUAUGAAUUGUUGAGGGUUUGCUGAUAUACGUUGGUAUACGAAGGUUGUCACUAACAGUGGAAUAAAGAUCAGGGUUUUGAAUUUAAUAAAAUAUAUCAUCCUCCAACCAGAAAUGCCAUUAGACAGUACCUCUGAUAUCCUGAUUAAACUGUACAUUUGUCCCAAUAAUAGUGAAUGUAUCCAUGCACAACACACACAAUGUUAUGUUUACCUUUUAAAAGCGCCACUGUGUUCCGAUUUGCGUGAACGACGGCCGUUGCGAAAAGAGCCUGAAAAUAGUACAUACAAUAAAUUAUAUAAAAUAUAAAAGUGUCCGUUUAAAUAUUUUUAUAAUUAACGGU